GCCGGCGGCGGCGGCGCAGGGCGGGCGGACCCGCGGGCGGCGCGGGAGAGCGGGCGGCGGGCGGGCGGCGGAGGGAGCCGGGGCGGCCGGAGCGUGUGCGCCGCCCGCGGUCAAUCACGUCCCCGCGCGGGCGCUGCCACCCGCGCCGUGCGGAUCCGGGCUCCGGGCCCGCGCUCUGCACCCCGCCCGCCCGCCCGCCGCCGGAGCCGCGCGGCGGAUGCUCGGCGCCGCGGCCCUGAGGUGAAGGGCAGAUGCCCGAGGCAGGGGGGCCGCAGGGAGCACCCGCGGCCGAGGCCCCGACAGCAGGUCUUCCCGCCGCGCUCAGCAGCACCGUCACAGCCACCGGGGGCCCGACGGCCACAGCCUAGGCGGAGGCGAGCGGACGGAGGCGAGCGGACCGACGACGGCUCCCCACCGCCCGGAGGCCAGGCAAUGACCGCUGAGCGGCAGGCCAGGCGGCAGCCCGGGGCGGGGCAGCGACGCUAGGGGGAGGGCCCGGCCCCUCCGGCCCGGCCGGCCGCCGGAGCGCCAUGCCAGCUGCGGAAGAGGCGCUGGGGCAGGGGCUGCAGCGGGGCCCGGCCUCGCCCUGCCGCCUGCACUGAGCGCCCGCCCGAGGGCAGCGGGCACAGCGCCGCCCGAGCGAGCGAGUCUCAGCAUCCCGUCUCCUCGGGGCCGAGGGAGAGGCCCCCCCCCGCCCCGUCCGCGCUCCCGGGUCCUGGCCGCCGCCCGCCGCUGCCAGACCAUGGGAUGUCGGCAAAGCUCGGAGGAGAAAGAGGCGGCACGGCGGUCCCGGCGCAUCGACCGGCACCUGCGCUCCGAGAGCCAGCGGCAGCGGCGGGAGAUCAAGCUGCUCCUGCUGGGCACCAGCAACUCGGGCAAGAGCACCAUCGUGAAGCAGAUGAAGAUCAUCCACAGCGGCGGCUUCAACCUGGAGGCGUGCAAGGAGUACAAGCCCCUCAUCCUCUACAACGCCAUCGACUCGCUCACCCGCAUCAUCCGCGCCCUGGCCGCCCUCAAGAUCGACUUCCACAACCCCGACCGCGCCUACGACGCCGUGCAGCUGUUCGCGCUCACCGGCCCCGCCGAGAGCAAGGGCGAGAUCACGCCCGAGCUGCUGGGCGUCAUGCGGCGCCUGUGGGCCGACCCCGGCGCGCAGACCUGCUUCGGCCGCUCCAACGAGUACCACCUGGAGGACAACGCCGCCUACUACCUGAACGACCUGGAGCGCAUCGCCGCGCCCGACUACAUCCCCACGGUGGAGGACAUCCUGCGCUCCCGGGACAUGACCACGGGCAUCGUGGAGAACAAGUUCACCUUCAAGGAGCUCACCUUCAAGAUGGUGGACGUGGGCGGCCAGCGGUCCGAGCGCAAGAAGUGGAUCCACUGCUUCGAGGGCGUCACGGCCAUCAUCUUCUGCGUGGAGCUUAGCGGCUACGACCUGAAGCUGUACGAGGACAACCAGACGAGCCGGAUGGCGGAGAGCCUGCGCCUCUUCGACUCCAUCUGCAACAACAACUGGUUCAUCAACACGUCGCUCAUCCUCUUCCUCAACAAGAAGGACCUGCUGGCGGAGAAGAUCCGGCGCAUCCCGCUGUCCGUGUGCUUCCCCGAGUACAAGGGCCAGAGCACCUACGAGGAGGCGGCCGUGUACAUCCAGCGGCAGUUCGAGGACCUGAACCGCAACAAGGAGACCAAGGAGAUCUACUCGCACUUCACCUGCGCCACCGACACCAGCAACAUCCAGUUCGUCUUCGACGCUGUGACCGACGUCAUCAUCCAGAACAACCUCAAGUACAUCGGCCUCUGCUGAGGGCCGGCCGGCCGGCGUCCGCGUGUGACGGAACCCGGGGCCGCCCCGGCCCCCGCCCCCCUGCUCCUGCCGGGGAGACCCGGCCCAGGGCCGAACACGGGGCCUGGAGAGCGCCCCCCGCC